GUCCCGCCCCACCAGUCUGUGCCAUCUUGUAUUUAGCAAAGAACAAAAACGGUUUAAGAAACAAGGCACACCUCGGGAUGGGGCGCGUGCGUUAAGUCGGGUUUUAAGAGGGUAUCUUUAAAAACAGACAGGUGUCACGGGACAGGAUGUUUGGGAGUGGGUCCUCGCGCAGAAACAUCAGCCACACCCCGGAGAACCGCUAAUGUUACCGUUAGCUCGAGCUACCCAAGCUAAGCUAGCCAAUUAGCUAAGGCUAGCGACGCGAGCUAACGAGGGCAACCGACGAGUUUCUGUUUGAACCAGCUAACCGUUGAUUAACGUCAGUCUCGGGACUUUUUUGGGGGAAAUGAGACCGGUGACGUGUUGAUUGUCCACCGAGAGAGGAGACCCGGGCUAUGAGGAGAGAGGCUCGCUAGCUCGGCUGCUAACGGUUGGCUAACGGUUGUUUUUCGUUCCGGAGCGGAACCACAAUAAGCCGCGGCCCUGGCCAUGCCCUCGAGUGCACGGUCGGGCAGCAUCAAAGACCCCGAGGUGGCCGACCUUUUCUGCAAAGAUGACCCGGAGAAGCUGUUCGCCGACCUCCGAGAGAUCGGCCACGGCAGCUUCGGAGCCGUGUACUUUGCCCGAGAUGUGCGCAACAAUGAGGUGGUGGCCAUUAAGAAAAUGUCGUACAGCGGCAAGCAAACAAACGAGAAAUGGCAGGACAUCAUUAAAGAGGUGAAGUUCCUGCAGAAACUUCGCCACCCGAACACCAUCGAGUACCGGGGCUGUUACCUGAAGGAGCACACGGCAUGGCUGGUGAUGGAGUAUUGCCUGGGCUCGGCCUCGGACCUCCUGGAAGUUCACAAAAAGCCGCUCCAGGAAAUAGAAAUAGCUGCUAUUACCCACGGUGCACUGCAGGGAUUAGCGUAUCUUCACUCUCACAACAUGAUUCACAGGGACGUGAAAGCGGGGAACAUCCUGCUGACCGAGCCCGGUCAGGUCAAACUGGGGGACUUCGGCUCGGCCUCCAUCGUGGCGCCGGCCAACUCCUUCGUGGGGACUCCGUACUGGAUGGCUCCAGAGGUGAUCCUGGCCAUGGACGAGGGCCAGUACGACGGCAAGGUGGACGUCUGGUCGUUGGGCAUCACCUCCAUCGAGCUGGCGGAGAGGAAGCCCCCGCUCUUCAACAUGAACGCUAUGAGUGCCUUAUACCACAUCGCUCAGAAUGAAAGCCCCAUCCUCCAGUCCAACCACUGGUCUGAUUCCUUCCGCAACUUUGUUGACUCCUGCCUACAGAAGAUUCCCCAGGACCGCCCUACCUCGGACGUGCUGCUCAAUCAUCGGUUCUUGUGCCGUGAGCGUCCGCUGACGGUCGUCAUGGACCUGAUCGCCCGGACCAAGGACGCCGUGAGAGAGCUGGACAACCUGCAGUACCGCAAGAUGAAGAAGAUCCUCUUCCAGGAGACGCAGCAGAACGGCCCCGUGUCCGAGGGAGGGGAUGACGAGGAGGAGGUGGAGCAGUACCUGCUGCGGACCGGCACAGUGAACAGCAUGGAGAGCUCCCAGUCGGUGCCCAGCAUGUCGAUCUCAGCCAGCUCCCAGAGCAGCUCGGUCAACAGCCUGGCCGACGCCUCCGACGACAGCAGCAGCGAGAUGGCCAUGAUGCAGGAGGGCGAGCACACCGUCACUUCCAACAGCUCCAUCAUCCACCGGCCCACGGGUCAGGAUAACAUCUACGAUGACCCGUACCAGCCGGAGAUGGACCAGCCUCAGGCUCCCUCGGCUGGGCGCCGCCGAGCCUACUACCGCAAUCGAGACCACUUUGCCACCAUCCGGACCGCCUCCUUGGUGACCCGUCAGAUCCAGGAACACGAGCAGGGCUCGGCGCUGCGGGAGCAGAUGUCCGGCUACAAGCGCAUGCGGCGGCAGCACCAGAAGCAGCUGAUGGGGCUGGAGAACAAGCUGAAGGCGGAGAUGGACGAGCACCAGCUGAAGCUGGACAAAGAGCUGGAGAACCAGAGGAACAGCUUCUCCACCGAGGCCGACAAGCUGGCCAAGAAGCACCAGGCCAUCCUGGAGAAAGAGACGAAAGCCGCUCUGGCAGAAGAGAAGAAGUUCCAGCAGCACAUCCUGGGCCAGCAGAAGAAAGAACUGACCAGUUUACUGGACUCCCAGAAACGCCAGUACCGCCAGCGCAAGGAUCAGCUGAAAGAGGAGCUGAGCGAGAACCAGUCGACUCCGAAGCGGGAGAAGCAGGAGUGGCUGAUCCGUCAGAAGGAGUGUCUGCAGCAGAUGCAGGCGGAGGAGGAGGCCAGCCUGCUGCGGAGGCAGCGGCAGUACUACGAGCUGCAGUGCCGCCAGUACAAGAGGAAGAUGCUGCUGGCUCGCCACAACCUGGAGCAGGACCUGCUCAGAGAGGACCUGAACAAGAAGCAGACCCAGAAGGAUCUGGAGUGCGCCAUGCUGCUGCGGCACCACGAGUCCACCCAGGAGCUGGAGUUCAGGCAGUGUGGCUCGGUGCAGCGGACCCGGGCUGACCUGAUCCGAACGCAGCACCAGACCGAGCUGACCAACCAGAUGGAGUACAACAAGCGGCGUGAGCAAGAGCUGCGGCAGAAACACACCAUCGAGGUCCGUCAGCAGCCCAAGAGCCUGAAGACCAAAGAGCUGCAGAUCAAGCGUCAGUUCCAGGAGACGUGUAAGAUCCAGACGCGUCAGUACAAAGCCCUGAGGAACCACCUGCUGGAGAGCACUCCCAAAUCCGACCACAAGGCCGUCCUCAAACGCCUCAAAGAGGAGCAAACGCGUAAGCUGGCCAUCCUGGCCGAGCAGUACGACCACUCCAUCAACGACAUGCUGUCCACACAGGCUCUCCGUCUGGACGAGACCCAGGAGGCGGAGUACCAGGUGCUGAGGAUGCAGCUGCAGCAGGAGCUGGAGCUGCUCAACGCCUACCAGAGCAAGAUCAAGAUCCACACCGACACGCAGCACGAGCGCGAGGUGAAGGACUUGGAGCAGCGGGUCUCCAUCCGCCGGGCGCUGCUGGAGCAACGGAUCGAGGAGGAGAUGCUCUCGCUGCAGAACGAGCGUUCGGAGCGGAUCCGGACUCUGCUGGAGCGCCAGGCCCACGAGAUCGAGGCCUUCGACUCGGAGAGCAUGCGCCUCGGCUUCAGCAACAUGGCGCUGAGCGGCAUCCCGCAGGGCAGGACGAGGCUGCGUACCCCCAACGACGGGGGUAAUAAACACUAG